CACAAAAAACCGCAUCCUUAAAUCUCACCUCCAUUCCUCUUCUUCAGCUUCAUUCAACUCAACACAAACAUUUUACUGAUCUCUGCAAACAGAAUUUCCCAAAACAAUCUCAGAAUUUAACUACAAAACUCAACAGAAAUGUGUGGGGGUGCAAUUAUAUCCGACUUCAUUCCUCGCAGUCACGAUGGUCGACGUAUCUCUGCUUCUGAUUUAUGGCCAAGUUCAUUUUUCACCAGCAGUUUGCAUACUGAUUCAAGCUUCAUCCAAAAAGGUACCCAGAAGAAGAUCAAUCCCCGUUCAGGGUAUGAUAAUGGAGAAGAAACUGAGAAACCGAGUAAAAGAAAGAGGAAGAACUUAUACAGAGGAAUAAGACAGAGACCUUGGGGGAAAUGGGCAGCUGAAAUUCGCGAUCCUAGGAAAGGGGUUAGAGUCUGGUUAGGUACUUUUAAUACAGCUGAAGAUGCAGCCCGAGCUUAUGAUAAAGAAGCUAGAAAAAUCAGAGGCAGAAAAGCUAAAGUUAAUUUCCCAAAUGAAGAAGACAACAACAACAACAAAAGCAAUCAAAUUAAUGAGACCCAUGUUCUCAAAUUUCAAGAUGAGCUUCCUGAUUUUGAUUUCGGGUUCGCUGAAAAUAUUGAAAUGGAGCAUAGUACUACUGAUUGUAAUGUUGUUUGUAUUGAUCAAGAGGAAUUAAAAGUGGAAGAACAAGAGAGUUUGGUAGAAACAGAGGGAGAGAAGGAGAAAGAUCAUGAGAGUGAAGAAGUACAGAAACUAUCAGAAGAAUUAAUGGCUUAUGAAUCAUAUAUGAAAUUCUAUCAAAUUCCUUAUCUUGAUGGUAAUAGUUUUGAACAACAGCCUAUUGUUUCAAAUACUGUUCAGGAAGAGGGUUUAGUGGAUGAUGGUUCUGGUUCAUUACAACUAUGGAGUUUCUGAUGUUCCAUUUUCUCUCCUACUAAGACAUGAAUUCACAAUGGGUUCCAGUCUCCAACAAAGAAGUGAAGAUCUUCAGUUUUGUUAAUUUUAGCUAAUUAGCUUCAAUUUUUCAUUGAUGUUCUUAUGUAAAUUUUGUUUAUUUUGUUUGCUGUUAUUGUUUCAUUCAAGCAACUAUGCCUGUUUUUGUGUUGUAUUUUUGUUUUCCAAUGCUGUAAAUUCCUCAUUCCUGAGAAUCCAAUUGUUAAUAAAUAACAUUUUCAAA